AUCAGCGCGAACACCUGUUCCAGUCCGAACUCUGAAGUCGAAACUGGUGGUCAUCAGUGGAAAGUCCGUGGAGCCAGAAGAUCGGAGGCCCCCGACGGAAGAAGGUGCGGCCGAUCCUGGGCGUUUCUCUUCGGCCGACAAAACUCCGACAGUUCAAACCGCUCGACCGGGCCGGGCCCGUUUAUGCGCCGGAGGCGGCUCGCCUCGCCACCCCCGGCCCCUCGUCUGCGCCACUAGCACGGCCCUCCGCCUCCGCCUGCCAUGGCUGAGGAGCUCCUCGUCGUCCUCAACAAAAAGGAUCCGACCUGCGGCCUCGGGUUCUCGCUCCUCGGCACCCCCGGCCUACCGCCCAUCAUCUACGACAUCGUCGAGAACUCGCCCGCAGCCGAAAGCGGCAACGUCGAAGCUGGAGAUGUCAUAUUAAAAGUGAACGAAACCGAUGUCAAUAGGUUGAACACAAAAGAAGUUCUAAAAUGUCUACGCCUUUGCGAAAACCCUGUAUCUCUCAGAUUAAAAAGAGACCCAGUAAUGAAGGCGAGGAUGAGGCACUACCUUUCGACCCCGGUCCAGUGCCGGGGGGAGAUAAACCUGCCAGAGUUGAUAUCCGACUGCGGCAGCACCCUCGAUGAGUGUGCCGGUGGAGUCGAGCCACCACCGCCGGUGCACCCGCCGCCCCUUGAAGACGUGACGCGAACAAACGGCGACUCGCUGUCUGAACCUAAGCACGACCACCAGCAGCCCAAGUUCGAGGCGUUCGUCAUGACCGGUGAUCGAGUCCUUAAGAUUUGCAGGACCCAGCAAGGUUCUGUACUUCCUAAGCAACAGAGGAAAGUGGACUCGCUUAGGAAUAACAUCCACCCUUACAAUAACCACCAGAGGCACGCUUCUGUCCCGACAAGCCCUGUAGAGGCCGAACGACACACGAACAAGGUCGGCUCAGCGAGCACCUCGCCGACUCCACCGGCCUCUGGCCCCACAUCGGCGGCCGUCACUUCCACUACUGCUUCUUACGUUGUCAGAACUUCCAAAUCUGAGGAUCACCUACAGUCCAACAAGGACUCUAUGUCUGCUGUCGCGAUAGACAUAGACGAUGACGUCACCUCCUCUCUCAACACGCUCUUAGACACUAGGCAAGACAGUGAAAAUGAGGACCAAAGGAUAGUAUGGACAUACAAUGCACCCUCGUCAUCAAAUUCUAGCUCAAGAACGACGACGUCUUCCAAUAAUGUAUCACCACACCGAUCCGGCUCGCCGGCAUCCCCCACAUCGGUUUCAAGUUCCGUUAUGUCCUCUUCCUCUUCUUCGUCAGGAUGUUCUGAUAAGAAGUUGAACGCUGAUGAUCGAAAGCCCGAUUCACUCCCAGCCAUUCCUCAAGGUGAUCUUUCCCAAUCUGAGGCAAUCUCCAACAUUAGUUCUCCUGAUUUUAUAGAGGAAGAUUCUGAAAUUAUCGCUCGGGACUUUGUCAUGGAAGUGAGCGAUCCUAGUGACUCCGACUCGACUUUGCUUGUAAGUGAGACUACCAAAGGCAGCCGGCAACACAGAAUAGUUAUUCAGGUGAAAGGCCCUGAAAAAGGUUGCACUAAUAAUAAUAACAACAACAAUAACAACAGUAGAUCCAACAGCCCAAGGCAACGUAGACUCAGUACCGGAAGCAACAAAGGAAACAAUGUUGACCAUUACCAGAACAUGGAUCAUAAUAUUUAUGAGGACCUAGAUGAAGAAAGCUUGUUGCAGCUUACAGAAGGUGCUGCCAACCUUGCAAAAUCAGUGUCGCCACCUCCUUCCCAAAACCAGGAAGAGGAUUCUGAUGUUGACUCUCUCCACUCCUAUCACUACAGCCCAAAGGGCGUUGACAUCCCAAGUGCUGUUAGGCUUGCAAAACGUCUCUUCACCCUUGACGGUUUUAAGAAAUCAGACGUAUCAAGGCAUCUGAGUAAAAACAACGAAUUCAGUCGAGCCGUAGCUGAAGAGUACCUGAAAUAUUUCACUUUCAUGGGAGAUUCUCUCGAUGCAGCUCUCAGGAAGUUCCUCACUCAAUUCUGCCUUACCGGUGAGACGCAGGAGCGUGAAAGAGUACUGGUACAUUUUAGUAAAAGAUAUUUAGACUGCAAUCCUGGCAUAUUUACUUCUCAAGAUGCGGUACACACAUUGACAUGUGCGAUAAUGUUGCUCAAUACUGACCUACACGGACAGACGAUAGGGAGGAAAAUGACUUGUAACGAAUUCAUUGACAAUCUAUCCGAACUAAAUGACGGUGAGAAUUUCCCGAGGGACAUUCUUAAAAACUUAUAUCAGUCAAUUAAAAAUUAUCCACUCGAAUGGGCAUUAGAUGAAGAGACAGAUGACCAAGGAUCCUCUAAAAUUAGUUCAGAUAGAGACGGCGUGACUGGUGCACAAACGAGUAAAGGGCUUUUUGACGUGCCUUCAACAACACCAGCUAUCGAGUACAAAAAGGGCUACGUGAUGAGGAAAUGCUGUGUGGAGCCCAAUGGCAAAAAGACACCUUUGGGGAAAAGAGGGUGGAAAAUGUAUUACUGCACUCUUAGAGAUCUUGUACUCUAUCUGCAUAAAGACGAACACGGAUUCAGGAGGACGCAGCUGAGCGACAAUCUUCACAAUGCUGUGCGCAUCCAUCAUGCACUCGCUACGAAAGCGACCGACUACACGAAGAAGCUCCACGUAUUCAGGUUGGAGACUGCAGACCAGGCUGUUUACUUAUUCCAAACGAGUGAUUCGAAAGAGCUGCAGUCUUGGAUAGACACGAUCAACUUUGUUUGCGCGAGUUUCUCAGGACAACCUCUCCCUGGGGCUGUCGGCUCUCAGAAAAAAUUCCAAAGGCCACUUCUUCCGUCUUCGCACACAAAACUGAAUUUUAGAGAUCAAUUAAGAGAUCAUGAAACUAUGGUUCAGAAGCUAGAAUCGGAGCUGGAAAGUCAUAGGAAACAUCCUCCGGAAAGAGGCGCCAAGCAACUUGUACAUUACAACUUUAGAGAAAAAGACAACUACCUUCAAUAUGAAUUGAAACGGUACAAGUUGUACGUGUCGUUGCUGAGAUCUCGAAUGACUCAGUUGCCCGAUAUGAGCGAGGGUUCUCUCAUCGAAAGCAUAGGCGAGGCGGCCGAGGAGGGCGGCUGUGGCGAGGACAGGCGAGGGAGCCCGGCUAGCAACAGAAGUUGCUGCUGCCCUUCUUAUAGUCUUCAUAACUUCAAAGUCCCAGCGAAUUACCAAGCGCUGCCUUCACUAGAGACGUCGGAGCCCUCUUUCUAGUUGAGAGAAGCACACCAAUUUAGUUUCUCUUGUUUCCAAAGCUAGUCCCCGACGAGCUUAUGUGAGUGUUGAUGUCAAUGAACGUUUUGUUUUGCUUUGAACGUUGUCUUUUUCUGACUUCAGCAUCAUGCUUGUCUUUUUUUAAUUUUUUUAUUAUUUUUUUUUAACUCGACUCCAGCUUAACUGCAAGAGAUCACAUCGGCUUCAUCCUCUUUAGAUCAAUGUUUCAUAACUAUGCUUGGUUUUUCCCUUGCAUUUUAACAGACUUUCAAACCAUUUCUCUGUGAUAGUAAAAUAAGUUGAACAAACUUUUAUUUUAUUUUGAACUUUUUUUCUAAGCUCUCUGGGGUUAAAUAUUUCAGUGUUGUAAAAAUAAAUGAAAUUAUAGGCACCAGCACUAUGAAUUAAAAAAAAAAAAAAAAUUAAUUUAGAUAAUAUUUUCCCUACAUUCCUUGCAUAAAUUGAUCAGUAUUAAGAUAAGAUCUUCCAACUUUAGACCAACCUGACCUGAAUUUUAACAAACCCUUUUUGUUGAAUUUUUUUGUGUGCAUCAUGUGUUUUAUGUGUUUAUUUUGCCUACAUUUUCCCUCUAAUGCCAACUCUUUAUAUUUUUGUUUUUACUUUUGAACUUAUAGAACACUUUCAACUUAAAAUGUAUGUAUUAAGUAUGUUAUACUUAAGGUUUGAAAUGUUUUGCCUACUUCCCAUUUGAUUUAAUCCAAAGAAAUCUACAAACAGAACUUUAUUUUUUAUCAUUUGCGCGGAAUUUUUCUUAUAACAUGUUUGGACUUUUUGAAUAUUUUGUUGUUUUACAUCACUAAUUUAAAAAAAAAUCCAGUAAUUUUUUUUCUACUUAAAUAGUCGUAAAGCUACAUUGGACACCAAUGUAAUCAUAAAAAUGAUGAUUAGUCAGAUAUUAAAAAUAAAAAUCCGACCAUGAAACUCAGGGCUUCUCUUUCAGUUCAAUUGAAAAAUAAAUAUGUAAAAAAAUACUAACACACUACCCAUAUUUUUAAAUAGUCGUUAACAAAUAAUCAGUAAAACUAGGACUGAACAUAGGGGGAAAAAAUUAAUUUAUGAUCAUCUGUCGGUCAUCUUGCUCUUGUAGAAUGUCCUCGGAUUUAUCCCUUCAAUUUUAUUUAUGAUAAUAAGUCUUCCAAACACAGGAGGAAAUCUCAGAAAAAUUGCAAGAUGAUUAGCGAUGAUUAAACUGGUGGCAAUAGUUGUAAUAUUUUACAAGAUUGACCUGCAUUCAAAAUAAUGAUUAUUAGGAUCAAAAUGAGGUCAUUGACAGGAAAACACUACUUUUAUGCCGUACUUUAGUUGAUUAUUUCCCUGUUGAUGUUGAAGUGUAUCUAUAGCUGGCCAUAAAACGUGUUUUGUUCCUGUUGCUGUCCUCACCUUGAUCCUCAUAAUCAUUAUUGGUGACAAUAAUUUUAUUGGUACUCAGACUGACCCUAAAUUUACUAACUACUUCUUAAAAUGUAAAGAUAUUUUAAUUUGAACAAGUGAUAUAGCAAUAAUUGUGUCCAAAUAACUUCAGCAACAUAUUAUUAUUAUUAUUAUUUUUAAACUAACAAUAAUUGGUUUACAUUUAAUUUUCACAUUCUUUUGAUGUUGGCAUUAGAAUUUUUCCAUUAUUAUUUCUAAAUUUGUGUGUUUGAAGCAUGCCUUUAACACUAUUGUUGUAUUAUGUGUUUGUUUUUUCAGUAUGCUUUUUAUAUUAAUUUGUGUUUUUUGUUUUUCUCUUUUUGUUCUUCCUAUCCGGCCGUUUAGGGUGCAAAAACAAGGUGCGAAUAGUGCUGGUUAAAGUUAAAAAAAAUUAAAAGUAUCUCUUAAAAAAUCCUGGAGUUAAUUUAAAAAAAAAAUUAAGGCUGAAAAAUACCACUAAUAAGAGAAAAUUUCAAAACUUUUACUGUCGGUUUUAACAAUUUGUAAAACAGAUGGUAUAUUGGAGAUCACUGUUGGAAUAUGUGCCAUUUUUGUUACCGAAUCAUGUCAAUUAGUUCCAGUUUUAACUGUGCAAGGAAAAAAAAAAUACUCAGAGAAUUCAUAGAAUUUAAGAUUAACUAUUUUAAUUUUAAGUCACAAUGGAUAACGAUACUUCACUCUGGGUUUAAAGUUAAGAUGGUGUUUUGUUUUUUAUUUCUAAUGUAUAACAAUCUUAAAUGAGCGUACUUUUAUUUGAACUUCACUCAAAAAGUUACCGUCAAAAAUCAUUGAAUCAGUUUCACUUUUUGAACUUGAAAAAAAAAAUCGCAAGAGAAAACAUUUUACCAUGCAUUUAAGAUUGAAAAUUGUAUGUAAAAUAUAGUUUAAACAAUAAAUAAUGAAUAUGUAUAUUUAAAACGAAGGCUGUUAUAUUUUACUAGUGUUUCAUUGUCCAUAAGGCAAUAAAAAAAAGUAUUUAAAUCAACAUGUAACUCACAGUUCAAUUAAGGAACUAGCAUUUAAAUUAUUACAUAUAAAAAAACCAAAUGAUUCAUUUGAAAAAAAAGCCUUAAUAAAUACUGUAAAUAACGAAUGGAAUGAAAAUAGUUUAUUAUAGUAAACUAAACAGUUAUUGCAUAUUUGGCAGUAUUUGUAUAUAGAAAUAUAAAAAGAACAAUGCUUUAUCGUUUUGAGAUCUGAGAAUGUAAUUAUUUAAGUACAUAGACGAUUAAUAUUAAGAUGUUUUUAGCCCACCUGUACCUAAAAAUAUUUUAAAAAAUGUCAGCCUAACUUUAAACAUAGCAUGAGUUUAAAGUAAAAACUCAUUAAGUACUUAAAAGAAGAUUAAUUUAUUGUAAAGUUUAAAAAGUGUACACAUUUGUCUAUAGAUGUAUUAAUUGUAUAUUGUAAAACUCUUUAGAAUUUCUCAGAAUCAUGAGUUAAAAGACUAAAAACAAGAGGGGAUUCGAGACUUAAAAAGGUUGAAAGUUAAAAAGCCUGUUGUAAAAGGGAAAAGUUUUCUUUAAAAAAAAAAAAUUCAUAUAGGAAUCUCUUGAUCGUGCCAACAUUAGGGACUGUUUUAAGACUUUAUAAAAUUACCUUUGAUUUCUUUGAAUAAUUAUAAAUGAUUUUAUAUUCGUGAACAAGAAUUGUACAACUCAUGGCUUUGAUUCUUUAUUUUUCAUUUUUUUUUUUUUUUUUGGACAAAUUUAGAUUUUCAAAA